AUGCUCAAGAAGGAGGUCAGCAACAACAAUAUUCAUGGAGUUAAGGUGGUGAGGCAUACACCUUCGAUUUCUCAAUUAUUCUUUGCGGAUGAUAGCUUGUUGUUUACUAUAGCCAAUACUAAGGAAACAGGUUGUGUGAUGGGAGUGUUGGCCGACUACCAGAUUGCUUAUGGGAAAGUGGUUAAUCUCGACAAAUCGGAGGCUUCUUUCAGUCGAAAUGUUCCAGAUGAGAGUAAAUAUAUUAUCCAGAAUAGGAUGAGGGUAAAGACUGUAGCGAAUUAUGUCAGAUACCUGGGGCUUCUCGUGGUUUUUGGCAGAUCAAAGAAAGAAGUUUUCUCUUUUGUUGUUGAUUGUGUUUGGAAGAAUUUGAAAGGUUGGAAGGAGAAAUUUCUCUCCCUGGCUGGCAAAGAGGUGCUCAUUAAAGCGGUGGCUCAGGAGAUCCUGAACUACAUUAUGGGUUGCUACAAGAUUCCGGAGGAACUGUGCAACGACAUUAAGUCCAUGAUAGCCAAGUUUUAUUGGGGUUCCAAAGAGGGAGAAAGGGAAAUUCACUGGUUAAGUUGGCAAGAGUGA